AUGCUUCAGGGCAGCGGUCGCUGCUGGACGCGGCACGCGCGGCGGGGUGUGCGCGCCUUGGCGACCGCGCGGCCACGUAUCCUGCUCGGGAUCGAGAGCUCGUGCGAUGACUCGUGUGCGUCUGUCGUCACGUCCGAUCGGAAAAUUUUGUCGUCGGUCGUUCUCAAUCAGGAUCACGCCGACACGGAAGGCAUCCAUCCGCUGCAUGCCGCGCGUGGGCACCACACCAACGUCCCGCUUGCGAUUGCGCGUGCGCUCAAAGAGGCAGAUGUGCCUACAUCUGAGCUCGAUGGGAUUGCCGUGACACAGGGGCCGGGCAUGCCGGGGUGCCUCGCCGUCGGCAUGGCCGCCGGCAAGACGCUCAGUACGGUCCUGUCGAAGCCCAUUGUCUAUGUGCACCACAUGCGAGCGCACGCCCUGACGCCCCUCUUGACCGAGGAAUCGCCACCUACAUUUCCCUUCCUGACACUGCUCGUAUCCGGCGGACAUACCCUCCUUGUCCUUGCGCAUACCCUCGACCGCUUCCAGGUCCUUGCAACGACACUUGACGAUUCGGUGGGGAAUACAUUCGACAAGUUUGCGCGUGGCCUCGAGCUGGGAUGGCAGAGUGCGCCGGGCGCGCUCGUCGAGAAGCUCGCUGCUGAGCACACGGAUGCAGAGGCAGAAGAAUUGCCCAAAAUCAUGCUGGGCGCGCCCAGCUUUUCCUAG